CCGCGCCGGUGACGCCAUCAGCGCGCGCGGCGGCGGAGGAGGCCCCCCCCGCGCACGUGUCUCCAAGGCGACGGGCAUGGAGGCGAGCAUGGCGGCGGCCAUGAGGAGGCCCAACCUGCUGAUCACCGGCACGCCGGGCGUCGGGAAAACCACGCUGGGGAAGGAGCUGGCCUCCAGAGCUGGGCUGAGCUACGUCAACGUGGGGGACCUGGCCAAGGAAGGAGAGCUCUACGAAGGCUUCGACCAGGAGUACGAGUGCCCCAUCUUGGAUGAGGACAGGGUGGUGGAUGAGCUGGAGGCCAGGAUGAGCGAGGGAGGCGUGAUUGUGGAUUACCACGGCUGCGACUUCUUCCCCGAGCGCUGGUUCCACAUCGUGUUCGUGCUGCGCACCGACAACUCCUGCCUGUACGACAGGCUGCAGAGCAGGGGCUACACGGGCAAGAAGCUGCAGGACAACAUUCAGUGUGAAAUUUUUCAGACUCUGUACGAGGAAGCCGUGUUGUCCUAUAAAAAGGAGAUUGUGCACCAGUUACCCAGCAACACUCCAGAGGACCUAGAGAGAAAUUUGGAUCAGAUUAUGCAAUGGAUUGAGCAAUGGAUGAAGGACAACAACUGACUUCUGGUGAAACAGUAACUGCUGGAUCUCUUCUUGGGAGGGAGGGUUUAAUGAGUUAUAUUGAUAAUUUUUGUAUUGUAAAUGAACAUGAGUUUUGUUGUAGCUGGCUGGGGAGCAGAAGAGGGUUCAGACUAGGUUGUGAGGAUGUGUAACAGCACCCCGGGAGGCAGCAGGAGAGCUGAUGCAAGUGACUGAAAGGAUGAAAAUGAGGCGGCUGUCCCAUGUAGCAGGAGCUGUGUUCAUAACUGAGAAUUCUUUGGACCUUACAAUUAAAACCAAAUCAUGAAUUCCCUGUGAGGAAACGGUAAAAUCCUGGUAGCAGGUGCCAGCUGAGGCACUUUUGAUUUCCUGAGGGUGGAACAGUGUCCUGGAAAGGAGCUGGUUUGAUGCUGAGCUGUGGCACUAAAACUGCUGUGCUCCACUGUGGGGACGAUGCAGAGUGCAGGGCAAGGUGGGUCCUUUGCUUUGGAGGGAAGAGAACUGACAUGAGAAUUACUUUAAAAUUAUUGCACGGAGCUUUGGAGACUCCUUCAUGUGUAAGGAGACGUCAGCUGUGCGAGCACUGCUCUGGAGUGUUAAACAAUAAACUGUUUUCCCUUUCUUCUCUGUCCUGCCCGUCCCUGUCCCAGCUGUGGGAAGAUGACCCGGGAGAUGCUUGCCUUGUCGGGACAGACCCGCAGGGAUCCCGAGCAGGGAUCUGUUGUGGCUGCUGUUGAAGCCUGGGCCCCAGGGGGCAGGGCUGCACAAGGAACAGGAAACCUUUCCUCACAGAAAAGCUGCCUGGAAGGAAGGCCUUGUGAAAGAUUCUGUAGGAAGUACUUGCUUAAAAAAACCCUUUAUAUACACGAGUUUGGGUAGUAAAGCAACUUUCUUGAAAAA